ACCCUGCCGUUUAGGACGCGCCCAGAUCUUGUGGCCGGCCAGAGAGAGGCUUCGGAUUUCCGCUGUCUCCGGCCACUGUCCCAAACUACCCAAAGCUGGGGAGGCCCCGUCCAGCUCCCGGAAGGCUGGAGGGAGGUACCUGGCCAAGCUGUCCUCAGUAGGGAGUAUCUCUGAGGAGGAAACAUGUGAGAAGCUCAAAGGCCUGAUCCAGAGGCAGGUGCAGAUGUGCAAGCGGAACCUAGAGGUGAUGGACUCGGUGCGCCGUGGCGCCCAGCUCGCCAUCGAGGAAUGCCAGUACCAGUUCCGGAACCGGCGCUGGAACUGCUCCACGCUCGACUCCCUGCCAGUCUUUGGCAAGGUGGUGACGCAAGGGACUCGGGAGGCGGCCUUUGUGUAUGCCAUCUCUUCAGCAGGUGUGGCCUUUGCAGUGACACGAGCAUGCAGCAGUGGGGAGCUGGAAAAGUGUGGCUGUGACCGGACAGUACAUGGGGUCAGCCCACAGGGCUUCCAGUGGUCAGGAUGCUCGGACAACAUCGCAUAUGGCGUGGCUUUCUCACAGUCGUUUGUGGAUGUGCGGGAGAGAAGCAAGGGGGCCUCGUCCAGCCGGGCUCUCAUGAACCUCCACAACAACGAGGCCGGCAGGAAGGCUAUCUUGACACACAUGCGGGUAGAGUGCAAGUGCCAUGGGGUGUCAGGCUCCUGUGAAGUAAAGACGUGUUGGCGGGCUGUGCCACCCUUCCGCCAGGUGGGCCAUGCACUGAAGGAGAAGUUUGAUGGCGCCACUGAGGUGGAACCACGCCGUGUGGGGUCCUCCAGGGCCCUGGUGCCACGCAACGCACAGUUCAAGCCACAUACAGAUGAGGACCUGGUGUACUUGGAACCCAGCCCAGACUUCUGUGAGCAGGACAUGCGCAGCGGCGUGCUGGGCACGAGAGGCCGCACAUGUAACAAGACGUCCAAGGCCAUUGAUGGCUGCGAGCUGCUGUGCUGUGGCCGAGGCUUCCACACAGCCCAGGUUGAGCUGGCUGAACGUUGCAGCUGCAAAUUCCACUGGUGCUGCUUUGUCAAGUGCCGGCAGUGCCAGCGGCUUGUAGAAUUGCACACGUGCCGAUGACUGCGUGCCUGGCCAUAAACCCAGCAACCACCUAGUGGCCCAGGGAAGGCCAAUAAUUUAAACAGUCCCUCACCACCUA